UUGGGCAAUCCGCUGUCUGUACGUGCAUCACCCCGCAGACCCAAAAAAAUCAGAAAUUCACCACCUUAUCCAAGUUCGAACUGACCCGAAAUCACAGUCCUCUAACAUUUCAUUUGUUUUGAUAUAAGGUGUUCCUUAGCUACUCCACGGCCAGCUAGCUGUUGAUUUUCCCUGGGAGAUUAGAAUAAUAUUUAGAUGACAAUAUGAGUGGCGGGGUCUAUGGCGGAGAUGAGGUGGGGGCCCUUGUGUUUGACAUCGGCUCUUUUUCAACAAGAGCAGGAUACGCGGGUGAGGACUGUCCCAAGGAGCCAGUGAGGGAAGGAGCUCCACCCAACUGGACAAAGAAAGAAAAGCUGCCCCCAGUCACUAAGUCGUGGCACACAUACAUGUGUAAUGAAGUCAUUCAGGAUUUUCAGGCUUCGGUGCUCCAAGUGUCGGACUCCCCCUAUGACGAGCAAGUUGCUGCCCAGAUGCCCACAGUGCACUACGAGAUGCCCAGUGGCUAUACCACCGACUACGGGGCAGAGAGACUACGUAUCCCAGAAGGCCUUUUAGACCCUUCUAAUGUCAAGGGUCUCUCUGGGAACACCAUGCUUGGAGUGGGACACGUGGUCACCACCAGCAUCGGCAUGUGUGACAUAGACAUCCGCCCUGGCUUGUACGGCAGUGUUGUUGUCACCGGGGGAAAUACUCUUCUACAAGGCUUCACUGAGAGGCUCAACAGGGAGUUGUCCCAGAAGGCCCCCCCGAGCAUGAGGUUGAAGCUGAUCGCCAGCAACAGCUCCAUGGAGCGUCGCUUCAGUCCCUGGAUUGGAGGCUCCAUACUAGCAUCCCUGGGAACCUUCCAGCAGAUGUGGAUCUCCAAGCAGGAGUACGAGGAGGGCGGCAAGCAGACCGUGGAGAGGAAAUGUCCCUGACCCCCAGCCUGCGCAGCAAGCAUCCACAGCGACAGCAGGGGGCGCUCAAAACACAAACCGACUCCGAACCCAUGGGCAGAAUAAAAACCACCAUCACAA